AUUAAACGCAAUUACAAUAAUAAUUACAUUUUGAUUAAAUAUUCAAUUACGUAAAGUGUUAUAAUAUGAUUUGUUUGAAGAAAAUCCUUUAUCUUUUUAUUAUUGGCACAACAAUAUUAAAUGAAGGCGAUAAUUACGUCCUUGUUCAAGUACGGAAAGACGAUAAAAAUCCGAACAGUGAUACUUUGAUUCACAAAGUCGUCCCAUCACAUAAAUUCGACGAAAUAGCAGACACGGCGCGUAAACAAUUCAAAAACUUCAAGCAAUUCAAAAUCAAAAGUCAACCGGAUGACAAGGAAUUAGAAAGUAUUGUCUUUGCCAUUAAGCCGGAGGAAAAUGCAAACGGCGACCGACGUCAAGAUGGCGGCGAUUCGGACGCGGGAAAUACAAUGUCAGGCUUAAUGAGAAAAGUUUUCGGUCUAUUUAAAAAACCGGAUGACGACGAUUUACCGAGUUUCAGAGCGAAAUUGAAAAAAUAUAAUAUAAAACCAGAAAUAAUUCAAUUCAAGAACAAUAACGGAAAACCGUCAAUAAUGUAUGAAAUUGAUACUAAGUCGAUUCUACAUACAAUCAAAGAAGUUCUCGCUUCAAGAAUGUUUAAAAUGUACACAGAUAAUUUAAUAAAUAAAGCUGCAGUCAUAUAUCGUACAUUCAAGGAGGAAGUGGACCAAGAAUGA